AUAGUUCCGUAUCUAUGUUAUGUUUGUUCUCUUAUACUCUGCUUCUUCAAGCAUAAGAGAUACACUUUAACCUAACCUUAAUUGAUAGAAAAGUGUCUGAAAGCAUAUUGUUUAAAAGAUUACGUUAGUAUUAAUUUUCAAUUAAAAAUGAAUUCAAGAACUCAAACUAGAAGAAUUCCCGAGGUAGAGCCUCGAAUAGAUUAUGUGCAAUGCGACGGGUUAGUAGUCAUGAAAAUGGUAAAGCAUUGUCACGAAGAAUCGAUGAGUAACAUGGAUGUAGCUCAAGGUGCUCUGCUUGGUUUAGUUGUUCAAAAUCGUCUCGAGAUUACCAAUUGUUUCCCUUUUCCCAAAAACGAUGAGAUUAUGGACGAAGAAGAAUAUCAACUUGCUAUGAUGCGUCGUCUUCGAUGGGUAAAUGUUGAUCAUUUCCAUGUUGGAUGGUAUCAGAGCGCAGACGUUGGCAAUUUCUUAAACGUAUCUCUAUUAGAAUCACAAUAUCAUUAUCAAACAUCCAUCGAAGAAUCGGUGGUGCUUAUAUAUGAUACAGCCAAGUCAGCCAGAGGUUUUUUAACUUUAAAAGCAUACAGGCUUACUCCCCAAGCUAUACAAAUGUAUAAGGAAGGUGAAUUUACACCAGAAGCAUUACGUACUUUGAAGAUUGGUUACGAAAAUUUAUUCAUUGAGAUCCCAGUUGUGAUAAAGAACAGUAAUUUGACUAAUAUAAUGAUGUCUGAACUAGAGGAAAUGAUUCCUGAGGAAGAAGGUACUAAGUAUUUAGAUCUCGGAACAGCCACAGUCUUGGAAAAUCAGUUACGUUGUUUGAUGGAUCGUGUGGAUGAAUUAAAUCAAGAAGCUAUGAAGUUCAAUAGAUAUCAGCAGCUAGUUGUUCGUCAACAGCAAGAGAAGAACAGACUUUUGGCUAAGAGAGCUCAAGAGAAUGCUGCUAGAGCUGCUAAAGAUGAGCCUCCAUUACCAGAUGAUGAUAUCAACAAAUUAAUGAGACCUUUACCUGUUCCUCCUAGACUGAAUCCAAUGAUCGUUGCUGGACAGAUUAAUACAUAUAGUGAACACAUUUCUCAGUUCUGUGCUCAAAGUUUAGCAAAAUUAUACAUUACUCAAAGUCUACAGAAUGCCAAGGAAUCGAAAUCCUCCCAUUAAGAUAAUAUUAAAUGUAACUACAAAAUUUCGAACAUUAAACAUAAAGAAAUAAUAUUCAAAAUAAUAAAAUUUUCUAAGAAAGUGUAUGCAUUUAUAUUUUAUUUUUGUUGUUCUAUCUUUUUAUUAAUCAUAUGUAUUUGAAAACUUAUUUCAAAGUUCAAGGAAAGCAAAGGAGGAAAAAAUUGGAAGAAUUCAUAUUUUUAUUCAUAUAAUGAUCAUUUUAAACAUUAUUUUCAUUGGCCAUUUAUUAGAUAUUUAAUAUAUAAAAAACUCAUAUAAGAAAUUGAUAAUUAAAAUUUACGUUGAUGUAAAAGAAUUUUAUUUUCUUUGUGCGUUACAUAAGAUGCGUAAUUUCUCUUUUUAAUUCUUCAUUCGCUACUGUAUAAAUGGUUCGUUCAAGUGUACACACCCAGACAAAAGUUCAAUAAGCGACAUAAGAGUUACUUGUUACUUCAUAGAGGCGGAUCCGAAAUCAGUAGCGGCUCGUAAUUUUAUACGCCCCGUGUUUCACGGUUUCUAACCUCUAAUCACAAAAUACUUUCUUCCGUUUUUUUUUCUAUUCAUCAAAUUACAUUUCAUCGGCCUGUCUAUUCCUAUCAUCUAGAAUUUCCUUCCGAUUUUCGAUAUGGAUGUGAUUUACAUAUAAGAAAUACACCAUUCUCCGAAGUCAUGAAAGCGUAUUAUGUUUCGCGGACAGUAGUGGUGUACAGUCGUUUAAAUUUUCCAUUUAUGUGGCACAGAAUCGCACACACAUUAAA